CAGUUCUACUCCAUCGCAGCAAACAAAACAACACAUUUCCGCCAUUGAUCCUUUUGUUUUUCCCACCCAAUAUUUAUGAAUCAAACCAGUUUCCAAUUCCAUUAGCUUCAUCCCUGCUCAUAAAUUGAAGGAGAAAUCUGAAAAGAUGAUGUCCCCAAAUCAAAUCUCCGAAAAUCGGGGCCUUUCUCGCCCCCCUACUUUCAGGCAAACCCCAUUGCAGGUCAUUCAUUUUAUCGGUAACCUCAUGAGAAUUUGGUCGGUCUACUCUGUGCAUCGCUAUUUGUCUCAAACGGGGGCUUCGGUUGUUUUGUUUAUCUUCAGCUGUCUUGUUCCAUCAUCUAUUAUAUUUUUACUUUUGCAAAGACCUUGGAAGGGCAGGCCUCUUUCUACUAAUCAGGUAGUGCCUUCUGUGAUAAACGGGGGUAUAACAGCCCUAUACUUCAUCCUGUGGGGAAAGGGGCUUAAAACUUGCGGUCCUCUCAGGAUCAUAUUGGCCGAGUACUCUGGUGCUGUUCUUGGAGUGUUAUCCGCAGUCGUGUACAGGAGAGGCAAUGUUUGGAAAAAGGUAGGUGGUCUCUUGGCAAUGUUGGCAUCAUUCUACUUCCUGUCUCAAGGAUGGGCAUUCGCCACGGGAUUUCCUUUUUCAUUUAGUGACAGUCAAGAUGCAGAGGUUCAGCCGGAAGAAGUUUUAGAAGUUAAAGAUAUGUUAAUUCCACUCUUAGCUGGAAUUUUAUCUGCGUUAAGAAGAGUGAUAUCAAGACGUGUCUCUCUUAAGAAUCAACUUAAAAGGCGGCUUAAUGCGAUAAGCAUUGCUUCUGCUACCUGCUUUCUGUUCCCCGUUGCCAUGUGGGACAUGAUCAUUGGUUCGACCAGUGUAGAAUUGCCAUUUUCUGCUUGGGCCUUUUCAAGUUUCGUCCUGUUCGGAAUUAUCUUGAUAUUUUAUGUGGACAGUAUAGCAGAGGAGAGAUUGCAUAUGGUGUUUUCAUCUCAAAGGCAUUUACUGGUUGCUGGUGGCUGCGUCAUUAUCAUGGAGAUUGUGUACAAAAUGGACUUUUCCCUGCUCGGGUUUUUACUUUGUGCAGCCAUUUUGGGCUUUGGCAUACACGAAGCAACUUCUUUGGACCGUAACAGAAAAGAUACUCUGCGAAGUUCAGAUACAUCCGAUGGAUUUCACGACGACCGAGUUCAGAUGUCAGACCUUCCAACAUAAAAGCAAGGUCUGCUCUUCGUGCUUUUGAUCAGUAGAUCCAAGAUGAACAAGCACUCUACAAGGUUAUAGUAAGAGCGGCCACAAGCCAAUUUUUUCAGACCGGGCAAAAUCGGAUUAGGAACAUCGGCAAACUUUUGAGCUCAUUAAGAAAGAUGAGAAUAUUUAGGUAUUUGGCCCCGAAUAUCGGUUAAUGUACAUAUCAUGCCCCUCCAUUCUUGGUCUUUCCAAUUUCACAACCAUUAUUUUUAUACCAACGUUGAAACUGCAAUUUUUUUCUCUCCUUUUGAUAA